UUUUGACUAUGACUAAGAAAUCCGAUGUAGUUCCAGAAAAGAAUGGACAAUCUAAUAUAGUCCCUAAAAAGGAAGCAAAUCCAGAAAUAAAGCAAACUGAUGAUAAACCUGAAAGGAGUAUACGUGAAGUCGAGUACAAUUUAAGACCUGCGAGUCAGGAGCUCGAGGUAUACAUCCGAAAAGUGAUUUCCAAAUUCAAAGGGGUUGAAAAUUGUGUGGUGGAUAUACAAAACAAAAGAAUUGUGGUCACCGGUGACUUUGAUCAAAAGAAACUGUUUGAAAAGCUUCAGAAAAAGAGGCGUAAGAUAAUAAAGAAAGAUCAUGAAUUAAUUGAGAAAUAUAGAAGCAUUCAUGCCCGAGUAAGAAGUGGUGAUGAAAAGGAAAUGGCCAAAUUUGACAUGUCCAAUGAAGAAAAUCCUAAUGGAGCACUCUGUCGAAACAAGUAA